AUGGAGCGCGGGACAACGAUGAAUGACAUGAAGCCGACCGUGCUACAAGAUCUCACACUCAUCGGAUUCAUCAAUUUCAUCUUGGAGCACCACAGCCUUCCAACGACAAUUGUCAUUUGCACCUCGCGGGAUACCUUUCUCCAGCAGCUCCUCUGCUCAGAGAGCACCAGCCGACCUUCAGUUCAGUCCACCGACAAUCCAUCCGAUCCAGAAGCAAACCCGGAACGGCAUACCGAAAGCUUACUUGUCCCAACACUGCACCUCCUCUCCACUUCCCGAACCGUAGACCUAGCUUGCUGCCCAUCAUUGCACGCCCUGCAGGCCUACCUCUCCGCUUACGCAGCGCGAGCCGGAUCGUGGAGCAAAGCUACUGGAGCUAGAACAACUGGCGAAUCCGUACGCACUGGCAAGGUCCCGAUACUCGCGCUGCUCAACCCGUUGGCACUCCAUAGGGAGACCUCGUCAUUCUCCGCGCAGGGCCUUAGCCGCACCUUUGCCUCCGCCGUUGAGGCCGCGGAUCGGAACAGGCAGAAGUUGAUCGUCACUGAGUGCCUUGAUGGCCACGUGACGCCGGAGGAUGUUGGUGAAGGUGAGAGAGACGAGGGUAUGGAGGAUGUGGAUGUGAGGAUGGCUGUGGAGGCCGAGGGUGCAGGGAUCGGCCCAGAGGAAAGGAGCGAGAAAAACCCGUGGGACCAGGAAGUCGGGAUUCUUAACGUCACUACGAGGACGUUCGGCGCAGGUGAAAGAGGAUGGGUGGGUAGGACCGUGAAGAUCCGCAGGGUCGCGGAAAGGUGGUGUGUCUUCCAGAGCAUGGGAGGGAAGGACACUCAACGACACAGGGUACGGGAUGAGCAGAUGAGAGAAGCGUAG